AUGAAAGGCGAAACUUUUGUAGAGCAUAACUUUUUAUUUUCGUCUCCAUUUCCGUCAUCUCCAGCUCUUUCUCCGGUUCCUCCUGGUUCUUCUUCAUCUUCAACUCUUCCUCCUUCCGCUUCACCUCCUUUUACUCCUUCUGCAUUUUCUCCUCCUCCUCCAGCUCAUGUGUCUUCUCUAACUCCUUCCCUUCUUCCUCAUCCUCCUUCUGUAGUUCCUCAUCCUCCUCUUCGUCCUCCUCAUCUUCCUCCUCAUCUUCCUCCUCCUCCUCCUCCUCCUCUUCUUCUUCUUCUUCUUCUUCCUCCUCCUCUUCUUCCUCCUCCUCUUCCUCCUCCUCCUCUUCUUCCUCCUCCUCCUCUCUUCUUGCCUCUCUCUUCUCUUCCACUCCUCCUCUUCUCUUCCUCCUCUUCUUCUCCUCUCUCUUUCCCUCUCCUUUCUCCUCUCCUCUCUUCUCGGCUCCUCUUCCUUCCUCCUCUCUUCUUCAUCCUCUCUUCUUCCCCUCCUCCUCUUUCUUCUCUCCCUCCCUUUCUUCUCUCUCCUCGUUCUCCUCCUCCCCCCUCCUCCUCCCUCCUCUCCUCUGGCUCCCUCGUCUCUCAUCCAUCUCUUCUCCUCUUUCUUCUUCUCUCCUCGAUUUGCAUUGAAAUUGUCUCCUGUGCAUCAAAUCUCAAUGUGACUCGUGUUCCGACCUCUCUGACUGUCCAGAGGCUCGACAAAGUUAGAGUCGAUCCCACCGUGUUGCUGAUGGUCCUCGUCUGCGGCGCGGUGUGUUUCCUCAAGAGAGAUGAAGGGGCUGAUCCGCAACGCGCUCGACGACGGCUUGCGCGCCUCGCCAGCCGGGCGCUGUCGCCACGGCGCUGGGCCGGGGCCGACGAGGGCGCGGGGGCGGCGCCCUGGGCGGGGGCGCGCCCGCCGCCGCCCCGCCCGCUCGCCCGCAACGCACCUUCCUGCUGGAGGCGCCCGUACGCUUCACGACGCGUGGUGUGUCUGGUGUGUGCAGUUCGGAGUGUCUGGUGUGUGCGGCUUGGUGUGUCUGUGUCUGGUGUGAGCACAAAGUGUCCUACUCGUGUGCGCGCCGGCCGUGUGCUGCUGCUGGUGCGAAGGACGCAUAGUAGACGGAGGUUGGGGUGGUGUCGGCAGGGCGUGCAGUCGCAGGACCGCCACCUGUUCCUCUUCUCCGACCUGCUGCUGGUGGCCAAGCCGCGCUCGGGCGGCCACUUCAAGCUGAAGGAGCAGGUGCGCGCGUCCGAGCUGUGGCUGGCGCGCUCGGGCCUGGAGGAGGUGAGCGAGGCGGCGCUGCCGGGAGACACGGCCUUCGUGCUGGGCUGGCCCACCGGCAACGUCGUCGCCUCCUUUGCGUGA